CAUACAUAAAAUCCCAUUCAUCAUUUACCACCUCCACAACCAUCACCAUAAACAUCACCACCAACCACCACCACCAACCUAUCAAACCCAUAACUAGUCCGAACUAGUCCACCACCACCACCAUGCCCACAAAACACUACCACACCACCCCCUCCCCCUACGAACACCAAAUCGGGUACUACCGCGCAAUCCGGCACACCAACCACAUCUACAUCUCCGGCACGACCGCCGUCAACCCUUCAUCCCCGCCAACCUCCCCACAAAUCCUCUUCCCCAACGAUGCAAAAAACCAAACCAUCACCGCGUUAACCGAAUGCAUCACCGCCAUUCGAGCAUUAGGGGGCACCGGAGCAGAGAAUAUCAUCCGGGUGCGGAUGUUUGUGGCGAGACGGGAGGAUUGCGGGGCUGUGGGGGAGGGGUUUAGGGAGGUGCUGGGGAGGGAUAAGGGGGAGGGGGUUGGGGCGGUGGCGACGAUGAUUGUGGUGCCGGGGGGGUUUGUGAAUGAGGGGAUGUUGGUGGAGGUGGAGGUUGAUGGGGUUGUUGAUGAUUGAUUAUUGUUAUUGUUGAUCUAGGUAGACCCUGGAUGGCGCCACGGAUGUAAUGGAUAGACAGGCUAGCGGGAUUUACCGCUCAGCAUGUGAGAAGGUAGAUAGAGAAGGCGGGCUCAUUAAAGAUUAAUGAAGGGCCAGGCUCGGGUGGAGACCAGGGGUGCGCUAAGAGAUAACCAGCUGAUACGCUACUUUAGUGGUAACCUCCGAACUAGGACCAGACCCAUGGUUGGAAAGAAGUCUUCCCCCUUUAAAAGGCAG